AUGAAAGUGAAAAAGGCAUUGCAAAGUGCGCCGACCCACCUCUACACGAGCAAACUUCUUGUCCUACGCUUCGCUGUUUACAUCACCACGCAAAAUCCGUUCCUGGCGCUACGAGAAUAUUUAUCCAGUUCUCUGCAACACGAGAUGGAGUUUGCAAGACGUGAUAUUCUCGCAGCUCACGGGAUGGUAGAGCUUCCCCUUGAGAAUGAUGAAGAACCAUCGGUCGUUAUAGCGCGAAUCGAGGCGCUCGUUUCUGCUUAUCACGAGAACGUCGUAAGUGGUAACCCCGAUGGAGCAAUUGCGAUGAUACGCCGUUCUCAAUCCAACGUAGUAGACGACGUAGCGACCGGGGCCAUCCAGCUUGGCGAACAGGUAGUGCUUCGCAGGGUCACUCAAAGAAACGCGAGAAAAAACGAGCAGCUGUUCGAUGUUCUGAGUGUCGUUCACCGGCUACUACGCGAGGGCAAACGAAUCGCUCAACGAGAGCUUUAUUAUCUCCUGAUUGAUUCGUUUGACAAUCAGCAACAGCUCAACGACAUCGUUUUGGAUGCCUCCGCGACAUUGGGUGUUCCCCGGUUUGCUCUCAACGUAGGAGCUGCUACGAGAGGCGUGGUUGCGGGCUGCUUGCGCUUAGCAAAAAGCGGUUCUGUUUAUCAAGUUGAUUGCGAGCAUGUUGGAACGAAUGGAUGGCCCAUCCCAGGCGACGUAAGGGUGGCAUGCUCGCUUGUGGUACACUCGACCGCUCGGUAUAUUCUAAGUAUGGAACAUACCUACCGACACAGAAAGUGGUAUGGUCAUGAUUUGGGCUGAGGUGUUCUGACAAAAUAUCUCACUCCCAUGCUUGUUUUCAUAAAUCAGUCAUCGAAAAGUUUGGGAUAUUCUCACGACUGGUGCAAGACAGGUUCUAUGAACUACUGCCAUGCAUCCUCCUCUGCGGGAAGGGCUACCCGUCAGUUGCGACUCGAGCGUUGGCGAGUCUCUUGGAGCAACGGCUCAAGUAAGCGAAUCCAAUUCCACAGUUCGGGUAACGAAGCAUAUGCUGACCGACGUGCGUUGGCCAAACGAACAAAAUACAAUUUGCGGAUACCAACAGGAUACCGGUGCUCGGGGUUGCAGACUUCAACCCGCAUGGCCUCGGCGUACUCCAAUGCUACCGGCGCGGUAGCGUGCGGUCGGCUGUGGAAGGGAGUCGCUUCGGUACGGCAUCAAUUCACGAUCCCCUCCUCCACGCGGUGCGAUGACUAACGUUGAAAGCUUCGCACAAAUGGAACCUGGGUAGUGUGCACCGUGCGGUGGCU